AUGUUGGGCGGAGUCCUGAGCGGAUUGGGAAUGGCCGCCAGUUCGUUUACUCAGUCCAUCUUACAGCUGUACAUCACCGCAGGGAUCAUCACAGGUUUGGGGUUUUGCUUCAGCUUCCAGCCUGCAGUCACCAUCUUGGGUCACUACUUUGUCCGGCGUCGCGCAUUUGCCAACGCCAUGUCCUCCACGGGCACCGCGCUGGGCCUCUGCGUUCUCCCCUUUUUGGGCAACUACCUCCACAUCGAGUACGGCUGGAGAGGCAGCUUCCUCAUUUUGGGGGCUGUUCUGCUAAACUGCUGCGUUUUCGGGGCGGUGAUGAGGCCUCUCCGCUCCCUGGGGCCUCGAGGACCACCCCUCAUAAACCAUCCGCCAUCUUUGUCUGGAGAGGAAAAGGACAAGAAGACCAAAGGGUUUUUAAAGACAGUGUUUAACUAUGUGUUGUCAUCUGUUCAAAAACACAUGGCUUUUGACCAGUUUUGCAACAACCCGCGAUACUGUGUCUACUCGAUAGGGAUCACGUGGAUGAUGCUUGGGUUUGUGGUCCCCUUGAUCUAUCUCGUCCCCUACGCCACGGCCCAUAACAUGGAGCCAAGCAGAGCCGCGAUGCUCCUGUCCAUCCUCGGAGUGGUUAACAUUGUGAUCCGCCCUCUCAUCGGUCUGAUCUUCAGCCUGCCGUGGUUCAAAGGGCGACACAUUUACGUUUUCUCCGCUGCGCUGCUCGUGAAUGGUUUGAGUAAUAGCAUUUGCUGCAUUGGAUCCAGUUUCCCCGUGUUGUUGUCCUACGUGAUCAUCUACGGCAUGUCCAUGAGUGUGGUGGGCUCUCUGAUGUUUACGGUGCUGAUGGAGACGGUGGAGAUGAGCCGCUUCCCCUCAGCUCUCGGGCUCCUGGCGAUCAUGGAGAGCGUCACCCUCCUCAUAGGACCUCCUCUUGCCGGGAUCUUGGUGGACAGAUCCGGUCAGUACUCCCCGGUCUUCUACGCCUGCAGUGCCGUUGUUGCCUCCUCCGCUGUUUUUCUCAUGGCAUCGUUUUACUACUUGGACAAAAGAGAGAAUAAUAAGCCUCCACUGCCAAAUCCAGCCGUGAAUGGUGAUGAAAUAGUCGUGUGUCCGUACAGAGACGAGCCCAAAGAAGACCGACUCAAGGCUUCAGCCAAUGGGACAGAGAGCAUCACCAAUGUUUGA